AUGGAUCAUACUGACAGCAUUCCGGAAGUUCAUGGUGGGGAUCAUUCACAUGCUAACAUUGAUGAUGGCUUCGGGAUGUUUGGAGAGUCACUGGAUGAAGAGUAUGAUGGUGCGGGGACCUGUUACUCUCAAGACGGCAAGACCUUCUUGGAUCUAUUCGAUGCUGACGAAUACGCAGAAUGCAGGGUAGACAAUCUCUACUAUCCUUUCACAUCCAAGGAAGAGUGGGAAGUUGCCGAUUAUCUCCUGCGCUCGUCCCUCAGCAUGGCAGCAAUAGAUGAAUUUCUGAAGCUUUCAAUGGUUCAAACACACAUAUUGCAGUAA